AUGUGUGCACUGCUCGCCUCUCGCCCCCCUCCCUGCCGCACCGACCUCGGGUACAACCGCUUCCAGGGCCGCCUCGGCCUCUUUGCCACGCCGCUCAAGGCCCUCACCACCCUCAAGGCGCUCGGGGUCUUCUCCAACUACCUCACGGGCACCGUGCCCAUCCCCUCCAAGUCGCUGCUGGCUCUGGACGUGGGCUUUAACUUCCUCUCGGGCACCUUCCCGAAGCUUGCACUCAUGUUCUGUGCGGGCGACAACAACUGCUUCCUCAACUCCACCUCCUGCCGCACCUACGGCAUCGUGCAGCGCCCUGCCGGCGCCUGCGCCAUCUGCGGCACCGCGGCCGGCCAGGGCGACCUCUGCUUUGGCGGCUCCUGCGCUCCCAACGCUGCUGCUGCCGUCACCGCCGGCACUGUCAACUCGCCCAAUGGGCCACUGCUGCCCAUGGCAUGCGCAGGUGCGUGCGUCAAUCUGUCCUCCGCUGCCCUCGCUGGCAGCAUGCACGCCGGCAUCUCCAAGCUCACCGCUCUCACCUACCUGUCAGUGCCUCACCUACCUGUCAGUGCCUCACCUACCUGUCAGUGCCUCACCUACCUGUCAGUGCCUCACCUACCUGUCAGUGCCUCACCUGCCAGUCAGUGCCUCACCUGCCAGUCAGUGCCUCACCUGCCAGUCAGUGCCCUCACUUACCUGACAGAGGGUGCCGGGCCCCACCCCUUGCUCGCUGCUCCUUCCACUGUUUGCCGCAUGCCACUUGCUGACCUUGUUCCCCCUCACUUGCUUGUUCCUCCUCACUUGCUUGUUCCUCCUCACUUGCUUGUUCCUCCUCACUUGUUUGUUCCUCCUCACUUGCUUGUUCCUCCUCACUUGCUUGUUCCUCCUCACUUGCUUGUUCCUCCUCACUUGUUUGUUCCUCCUCACUUGCUUGUUCCUCCUCACUUGCUUGUUCCUCCUCACUUGCUUGUUCCUCCUCACUUGCUUGUUCCUCCUCACUUGCUUGUUCCUCCUCACUUGCUUGUUCCUCCUCUCCACCUGCCCGUUCCGUCCGCCUCGCAUGCAUGCCUGCAUCCUCCCCCGUCAACGCUGCCUCUUCCCCUCAACGCUGCCUCUUCCCCUCAAUGCUGCCUCUUCCCCUCAACGCUGCCUCUUCCCUUCAACGCUGCCUCUUCCCCUCAACGCUGCCUCUUCCCCUCAACGCUGCCUCUUCCCCUCAACGCUGCCUCUUCCCCUCAACGCUGCCUCUUCCCCUCAACGCUGCCUCUUCCCCUCAACGCUGCCUCUUCCCCUCAACGCUGCCUCUUCCCCGUCCCUGCCGCCCCACCCGCUCCCGAUGCCCUUUUCUCCUCCCAUGCCCUCCAUCCACCCCUGCGCCUUCUCCCUGCACCCUCCCUCUCGUCCGCCCUGUCUCUCCCAUCCGCCCUCUCUCCCCCCCCCAUGCGCCCUCUCUCCCCCCCAUGCGCCCUCUCUCCCCCCCAUGCGCCCUCUCCCCCCAAUGCGCCCUCUCUCCCCCCCAUGCGCCCUCUCCCCCCCAUGCGCCCUCUCCCCCCCAUGCGCCCUCUCCCCCCCAUGCGCCCUCUCCCCCCCAUGCGCCCUCUCCCCCCCAUGCGCCCCGGCUGCGACCUCUCAAACAACGUGCUGCGCGCCACGCUGGCCAGCUUCGCCUCCUCCUUCUCCGCCAUCAAGACGCUCCAGCACCUGCGCCUCAACAACAACUGGUUCACGGGCUCCCUGCCUCAGACCCUCAUGUCUCUUCCUGCCCUCACGCUGCUGGACGUGCACGCGAAUGCGCUGACGGGGUCACUGCCCGCCACGUCAUCGGGGCUGCGCGCGCUCCUCGUGCACGACAACUUCCUUGCCGGCAACUUCACCGCCGCCGCCCUCACGGCGUGUGACGCCAGCCUCAACUGCAUGGCCAGCGCCGCCGACUGCAGCGCCACCAGCACCAAUCAGAGGGCUGCUGCGGCGUGUGCCAUCUGCGACAGCGCGUCGGCGCAAGGGCUGCUGUGCUGGGGCGGCACGUGCCUGCCCAACGUCACCUCCACCACCGCCCACCCUGAUGGGCUGGCCCCGCCGCCCAUGUACUGCGCUGCGCAAGCGCUGGCGGUGCUGAAGAGUGCGAUCGGGGUGACGCACACCACGUGGGUGCCCGCCAUCUAUUGCACCGUGGCGCCCUCCGCGCCCAUCGCCGGCACGUGGACCGCCGUGCUCUGCGACUCCCUCGGCAAAGUCGUCAGCCUGUCAGUCCGCCUGCCCUGGGCUGCUCUCAGUCUGCCUGCCCUGGGCUGCUCUCAGUCCGCCUGCCCUGGGCUGCUCUCAGUCCGCCUGCCCUCGGCUGCUCUCAGUCCGCCUGCCCUCGGCUGCUCUCAGUCCGCCUGCCCUCGGCUGCUCUCAGUCCGCCUGCCCUGGGCUGCUCUCAGUCCGCCUGCCCUGGGCUGCUCUCAGUCCGCCUGCCCUGGGCUGCUCUCAGUCCGCCUGCCCUCGGCUGCUCUCAGUCCGCCUGCCCUCGGCUGCUCUCAGUCCGCCUGCCCUGGGCUGCUCUCAGUCCGCCUGCCCUCGGCUGCUCCGUGCGCUCCCUGUGCUCUGCCUUCCACUUCUCUCUCCUCGCACUGGGUCUACCUAUCUUACAAGCUGCCACUGCGCACCGUCUUUCUCUCUAUGCCCUUGCUCUGCCUACCUUCUGCAGUCACUUCCCUCUGCUCUCUCGUCGUGCCUCUUGAACCGUCCAUGCUGUGCCGUAUCUUUCUCCUCGCUGUCAAUGACCACUCUCCUCUCCUCUCCUCCCCGCUCGUCUCGCCCGGCAGGCAACUGGCGAACAGCAAGCUCACAGGCACUCUGCCGCAAGCUGUCUCCGCCCUCACAGCGCUCACUGCCAUUGACCUCACGUCCAACCUCUUCCAGGGUCGCCUGGACGAAAUUGCUACGCAGCUGCGCCUCAAAGCCAUGUGCGUCCCCCCUCUCUCUGUCCGUGUGGAUGUUAAUGUGCUCUCACGCGUUCAUUCUUGGCGCCUAGACCUCGCCUACAAUUGGUUCUCUGGCUCUGUGCCCGCCUUCAUGCUCACCCUCCCCAGCCUCACGGAGCUCACGCUGGGCUACAACUACCUCACGGGCGCACUGUCCCCCGUGACGGCGCCCCAGGCCGUAGUGGACGUGCAGUUCAACUUCCUCGCCGGCUCCUUCCCCGCGCUCACGCUCUCCCGCUGCGCCGCGCGCAUGAACUGCUUCCUCGACGCCUCCAAGUGCAACUACCCCAACCGCGCCGCCGAGCUCCCGCGCGCCGCUGCUGCCUGCGCCAUGUGCAACACGAGCAACGCGCAGGGGCGGCUGUGCGGCGGCGGGCUGUGCACCGUAAACGCCACGGACCUGGUGGCGCUGGGCGCGCCCAACAGCGCCGCGUCGCCGUCGCUGCCGCUCACGUGCGUGGGCGCGGCGUUUGUGGCGAUGGAGUCGGUGCACGCAGGCGCCAUGCUGAACCUCAAGGCGUCGCUGGGCGUCACCUUCAGUGACUGGAAGGUCGACUCGCCCUGCUCCCUGUCCGCCACCGCUGCCCCGGGGUCGUGGAGUGGAGUCAUGUGCGACAACACUGGCAAAGUGCUGGGCAUGUGA